AUGCUCGAUGUCAACAAGCUCCGAUCAAGCCUCGCCGACAAUACCGUCCUCUGGCGGUUCGCUCGCCUCCUCAGCGCCCUCAAAUGGUUCUUCGGCGCCGUCCUGCGCGGCUUCGCGUGGGCCAUCGCCAUCUUCUCCAUGAUCUGCUUCACCCAAAUGCCUCCCUCGCCCCCCACCCCCCGUCUCCCGAACACCCCUAACUUCACAACCACCCCGACGCUCACGCGCAUCCCCCCGUCCAAUCCAGUCUUUAGCUUCACGGUCAACCACCCCACCGUGCGGUCGUACGCCUCCACGCUCGGCGCCGCCGCCGGGUACACCCCGGAGCCCGCGCCGUCUGCCGAGAUGACGAUGACGUUCACGGGCGGGAACGGGUACACGUCCGUGACGACCUCGACGCUCGACUCCGCCGCGCUCGUCAAUGCGAGGCCGAAGCUGGACUGGGGGUGGCUGUUCGGGGACACGGCCGCUGGGGGCGUGACGCCCGCGCCCGCGGGGCCGGCGGAGAGCGGGCAGGUCGUGAUGACGAUCACGGUGACGACGAAGAGGGAGGGCGCGACGGAGAAGACGCCGACGAUGACCGCCGCGGGGGCGACUGACGAGGACAAUGGUGACGAGGUUGAUCAGGACGUCGGUGCUUUCGAGUACAGCUUUGUCAACGCGGCCGGGCCGAAGCCGGGAUCGCCCCGGUCUCCCGCGACAACCUGCCACAACGCGGUCGUCGCGCCUCCGACUGUCAUACUUUUGCGUUCGGCGCACGGUCUAUUUCGCGGCUCGGUAAUCACCCGUUCACGCCCGUGGCUUUCCGACACUCAAGGCCCAGGACGCAACCAAGAGAACAGCGCGUGGAUGCCGCGCUUCAGAGCUUCAGACGUGCAUUAUUCGUACAGGAGACUUCGUCACGCUCUCCACCCCCGACCACCACCCCCUCCCUACAUCAUGACCGUCCCUCUCGCUAUGCGCUUCAAGCAGCUUGUGCACGAAGUUUCAGACUCGAGCCGUAUUCUGUCCGGUAUCGGGCAGAAGGUCAGCUACAUCGAGGGCAUUAUUGGGGACCAAGGGUAUAUAGAGCAGUGGUCUCAAGCCUGCCUUGCGUACAAAAAGUUUAUCUUCCGAUCAGAGAUUGUUGCGGUCCGCGUCUCGGCGACUCUGACCUCCCCCUUCAGAACCACCACAGAUCAUGGAGCUCCCUAUCCGGCGGACGACGAGAAGACCGCCAUACUGUCGGCAUAUACUGAGGAAUUUGGAUCGUUUUAUAACAUCAGUUUCCCUGACGGUAUCGACGGCAUGCGCAAGUCCCUCGAGACCUUCGGGAACGACUUGCAACACGCCGUCGACGAUAUUCUCAAGCAAAGCACCGAGGCGUUCGAAGAGGACGACGAGAGCGUGGACUACGAUGAUUACGAGCUGACCGGUGCCGACAUCCUUUUCGGGCUGUUCUUCAGCGUGGAAAUGUUCAUUGGUGGUCUGUUUGGCUGGACUGGACGCCAACUGCGACUGUUCCACUCCGUUGAAAUGGUCGUAGAGAAUAACCCCGAAGAUUCCCAGACGCACCCCCGGCGUGCGUUUACUAUUCGAGCCAAAGAAGCUAGGCGCCUGAGGGACCUCAUGGACGAGGUCGCGCAGGACGUAAGGCAGGUGUGUAGCCGGUUCAAGCAACAGGAGGCGAUCUUUUACGAAGUGUUCGAUCGGCCGAGGACCAAGCUAGAAGAGGAUACCCAGGACUGCAUCACUGCACUCGGCUCAGGCGACAGUGACGACGCUACUAAGACGACCCAGGCCUGCGCGAGCCCUUACUGGACGGAGCUCGCGGCGCUUUACAGCGUCUACGCCCAUACAGACAAGUUGGUGUACUAG